AAGCCCCGGACGUUACUAUUGAUCGGAGCAUUUCGUCCGAUGGUCGCCUCAGAAUACCACGAACGGUCCGCACGCCGUAAAUAUUCGUUCAGUGCGUCGUGGCCGAGUAACUUACGCGGAUAAAAGCGUCCAAAUAGACGGAGGAAAACGUGGCCGAACAUGGUCGGAGGAGUGACGGAAGACGGACCUGUGAUUCGACCCGUCGAUUUCGUGUCGACGACGACCGUAGUCGCACUAUGUAUAGGAGCCGUUUUCCUACUUUGCGCCGUCGCCAUGACCUGGUGGCUUUGUCGACGACGUCGUGAACACACCAAGCUGAACUCCGACAAGUCCCUGGCGUUCAGGCCGCCCCACAGAAAACCGACAGCAGUUAAAAGUCCCGGUAGUACCAGCCACUACCUGAAGAAAAGUCCCAGCCCGACCGGACUAGCCAAGAGUCCUCCUGGUUCAGGUGGACAGACGCCCAGCCCGACCGGAUCCCAGUCGUCGAAUCCUGGAUCACAGCCAAGAACACCUCAGGGUACAGGCACCCCGGCUCAGACACCUUCUGGCGAGGUUACUCUAAGCAUCGAGAAUGAACGGGACAAAGCGGAAAUUGAGAACAACGAGAAAACAGAACGCGAAAAGAACCACGGAACAGAGAAUAACAAAGGCGAUAUGGGUCAAUUGGUAUUUAAAUUGCGGUACGUAAACGAACAAAAUGCACUCGGAGUGACAGUGGUGAACUGCAAGGGUCUACCUGCGAGAGCUACCAGCGAUCCUUACGUGAAAUUGAAGUUGUUGCCGGAUAAACAACACCAAGCGAAGACCAGGGUACUCAGAAACACCAGAGACCCCGUCUAUGAUGAAGAUUUCACGUUCUUUGGAAUAUCGAAGGACCAGCUACAGAAAAUCAGUCUGCACUUUAUAGUGCUCAGCUUCGAUAGAUAUUCUCGGGACGAUAUUAUCGGUGAACUGACAUGUGCACUUUCAUCGGUGCCCGAUUUGGAGAACGCUGAUAACCAGGAGAUAUCAUUGUGUCGAAAAAUAUGCCCUAGGAGUCUAAAGAUUCAAUCACAAGGCAGAGGUGAGCUGCUAGUCUCCCUUUGUUGGCAACCGAUCAACAGCAGAUUGACGGUGGUUGUGCUGAAGGCGCAGAAUUUACCGAAGAUGGACGUGACUGGGCUGGCAGAUCCAUACGUCAAGAUCUAUCUUUUGUAUAACUCCCAGCGCAUAGCGAAGAGGAAGACGCGCGUGAAGAAACGCACCCUUAGUCCGGUCUUUAACGAAUCAUUUGGUUUUGACAUCCCGAACGGUGCUGAUGGUCUUAACAACGUCAGCCUCGAGUUUAUGCUGAUCGAUUGGGAUCGUGUUACAAGAAACGAGGUGAUUGGACGACUCGAAUUCGGUGGACCGAAUUGUCAAGGAUCCGCUUUGAAUCAUUGGAGGGAAGUUUGUAGCUCACCGCAGAGGCAGAUCGCCGAUUGGCACAAAUUAAGGGAGUAAAACUAGUCUCUCCCAGCCCUGUCAACUUUCCUAGAAUCCCGUCUCCAACUAUCCAAAUGCCCCACGUCCUUCUCCAUUGCGAAACCACUGAUUCACCCCUUGAAACCCUACGAUGAAGUAGGGUAUCUGUUUUGUAAACCUAAUACUCGAUGUAUAUUAGGCUUGAAACGAGUGGCGGCACGUCCACCCGCGAUCGAUGCCACUGCGUAUACACCGUGUGAAAUGUUACCGUCUACUACUGUCUAGUAGUCGUCUAACCGUGUUACGUGUCGGCAUUGUCGGUACGAGGCGUGCACUACGAAGAGCUACUUCUAAUUAUCCGAUCAAUUCUGAACGCAGUUCGACUCGAUAGCGAAACCACACCUGUUUUUCGUUUGGACACUGAACAAAUUGAGAUUAUCGAUCUUCCUCGUCAGUUCGAGUUCAUUGCGUAAGUUUUAAGCUUUCGUAUUUUAAGUUUUAAGAUUUUCACGUAACAGAAACACGCAAAAUAAUACCCACUCCUCUGAAGAUGAUAUUGAUAGAGCUAUGGAUUUAUACUAUUCAGAGAAACAAUUAUUCGCUGAAAAAGAUAAUGGACAGUGAAGAUAAAUUCAGGAUCAGUAAAUCGUUCACUCUUCGAGCGUAGAUCGCGUCUUCGUUGAUCGCAGUGGCAAACGAUCGCGGGAGAAACGCAUACAAAAUGCUUUACGAUAUAAAUAUAGUUGUUAAGAUUUCCGACCAGGUGGCAAAGGGAGGAGGAAAAUGAAACAGUUAAAUACAAAGCUAAUUUGCCGAUUAUUGAACAUUGCUGCACAGGGUCGUACUAUAGAAAAGCAAUGCUUUUAAUCGGAAAGUUGAAAGAAGAAUUCUUGAUACUUAAGUGUAUUUCGAAUCCCAUGCAAAACCUUUGGUUUAUAAUAUUUCAUAAUGCAUGUAGUUUGAUUUGAAAAAGUUGCGAAAACUUACCCCGAAACGAGCAAAUUUGAAUAUUUUAUCAGCAAUUAAUAAAACUCUCACUAAAGUAUAGUACAUGAAAAUUUAUCUUAAUCUUUGAUUUAUCUACUUUUCAAUUUCGGUCAUUGACUUCAAUGAUAAAAGCUUAAAGCUAAUCUACGUGAAUGUUUACGAAGGACCUUGUUUUGAACAAUACAUUUGUAUUUUACGAAACAAGAGCGUUUCAAUGAAAGUUUGUUACAGUUAAAAAAUAACGUAUGAAAUUUGUAUUCCAUUUAACUCGUUCGGUUCUUUUUUAAUGCAAUCAAAUGUGCUGGGAAAAUUUCGCACGACCCUGUCAGAUCACAAAAACCAUCGGUUUUGGUGAAGUUAAUGUGAAUUAAUCGUCAAAAGAAUAUCGAAAAUCACGCGACACACUCGCAACUGUGUUUAUCUCGUUCGUUGUGUAAAUGCAAGAAUCUCUCCAAAAUAUUCGUCGAACAACAAAUUACGAUAAUCGGGAACAAUCUUUUAAUAUAAUUUUCAGUCAGUCUCUACUCUUGGGGAAAGAGAAAAGAAAAGGAAAACAAGAGAGAGGGAGAUAUAGUGGAAAAGAGAAAAUAGAGUAUUUAGUUUUGCUUCGAUUGCUAUUUCUUAAUAUUUACAAUACACAGGAUUCGGAGAAUUAAUAGAACUCUCCAAAGAUAUAUAUAUAUAUAUAUAUAUAUAUAUAUAUAUAUAUAUAUAUAUAUAUAUAUAUAUAUAUUAAUAGAUAAACGAAUAGAAUGCGGUUUUGGAGCGAUUCUUGUAUAGAACGUAUGCAAAGACCGGAAGACGUGGAGAUAAUACCGCUAAUAUCAAAAACAUUGAUCUAGUUAAAAACAAUAAUACAAUUAUUCGUUCCUGUUGCAAAAUUUUCUAACUCCGCGUCAACUGGCUGAACGACAAUUAUAACUCGAUAAUUAAUAAUAAGGAAAGUUACGAUCGCUGGUGAAUACAGAUUUCAGCGUCGACUUUUCGGAAUAUCGAAAAACUUCAAAUAAAAAUGCUUCUCCUCGAGAUAAAAUUCUUGGAGAACAUUGAAUAAGAUUCUUGACGUGCUCCGGGAAAAAAGCACUGUAACAAAUGCAUAGGAGGGAAGACACAGUAUUGCUAUAAAAGCUUCAUGGUGCAUUGAAUUAUUGAAUUAUCAUUAUUGUUGAAUUAUUUGCGUUAUAUUUGUUGAUUUUUCCUUCAAAUUCAUAUAUGAUUGCCCUUACUUGCUUUAACGAAAGCGAAGCAUUUUCUUCUUCGUGUCAUUAAUAAUUGUGGAACGGGGUCGAGGAAUUGUGACGUUGUUUUGAAGUGCCAACGGAGACCGCUUCGCGAUUGUAAAUAUGUAAUUUACGUUUAAAUGGAGGGGGGAAAAAGAAUGAUACGAUGCUCUUUAUUUAGUUACGACGAACCCAUUGUGGUUUCAAUUGCGAUUAAUGGAAAAAUUAGAAUUUAUGACUAUAGUUUAUGAAAAGAUUCCAUUUACACAGAGUGCAACAAGAGAUCAACCAUUAAGUAGUGGAUCUUGUUGAAAUGUUUCCAGUAAUAGUCGAUUAUUGUUGAAAUGGUAGAAAAGAUAGCAAAACACCGCUUUCAACGAAUGAAAGUAUUGUCGACUCUGCUUUACACUAUUUAAUUAAAUAUAUUACUUUGAAAAUGAAGAUUUGUUACUUAGCAGUGUAUUGAUGUACCUAUUGUUAUCAAUAGAGGAUUAUUUUUAUUCUA